AUGUCCUCCGCCGCUCGUUUCGAUUCGUCGGACCGCUCCAGCUGGUACGUGGGCCCGGUGUCUCGGGCGGAGGCGCAGACGCGGUUGCAAGGGCAGCGGCAUGGCAUGUUCCUUGUGCGGGACUCGUCCACCUGCCCGGGGGACUACGUGCUCUCGGUGUCCGAGAACUCCCGGGUUUCUCACUACAUCAUUAACUCCUUGCCCAACCGCCGCUUUAAGAUCGGUGACCAGGAGUUUGAGCACCUGCCCGCCCUGCUGGAGUUCUACAAGAUCCACUACCUGGACACCACCACCCUCAUCGAGCCUGCGCCCAGGUAUCCAAGUCCACCAAUGGGAUCUGGAUCUGCCCCUGCUAUGUCCACCGCAGAAGAAAACGUGGAGUAUGUUCGGACUCUCUAUGACUUUCCUGGCAAUGAUGCUGAGGAUCUUCCAUUUAAAAAGGGCGAGAUACUAGUAAUUGUAGAGAAGCCAGAAGAACAGUGGUGGAGUGCCAGAAACAAGGAUGGUCGGAUUGGGAUGAUUCCUGUUCCUUAUGUAGAAAAGCUAGUCAGAUCUCACGGGAAGCAUGGAAAUAGAAAUUCCAACAGUUAUGGUAUUCCAGAACCUGCGCAUGCUUACGCUCAGCCUCAAACCGCAAGUCCCCUUCCCUCAGUAUCCAGUACACCCGGAGCAGUGAUCAAUCCUCUGCCAUCAACACAGAAUGGACCAGUCUAUGCCAAAGCUAUCCAAAAGAGAGUACCCUGUGCUUAUGACAAGACUGCGCUGGCAUUAGAGGUUGGAGAUAUUGUGAAGGUUACAAGGAUGAAUAUAAACGGUCAGUGGGAAGGAGAAGUCAACGGUCGAAAAGGGCUGUUCCCUUUCACGCAUGUCAAAAUAUUUGACCCUCAAAAUCCAGAUGAGAAUGAAUGAUUCCCUCUGCCCAAUUUACACUGCUGCUUCAUUUUCCUGGCUAUCAUUAGCAUUGUUUGAGGUGGGAUGAUGACUUAAUGGCACAUUGCUAGCAUUGCCCAUUUUCCAGCUUGCUGCAGUUUGAUGGUUCUUUUAAUACACAUUUGGAAUACAUACAAUUGAAGUCACUGCCUGACCUUCAUACCAUAGUUGUGUCAUCCAGAAUUUAGUUUCACAUUUAAACCUCUAUUGGGCCUUAAGCUGGAGAAGACUGAACCCGUAUAUAGCAGAGAAGUAUGAGAAGAAAAACCUUUCCUGUUGAGACUUCCAUGGACUUUUUCUGGCUUGCUCAGUAGGAAGAGCCCUAAUCUUAGAUCAAACAUGCAACUUGUGCAUUACUGUCCAACAAAAAGCAACAACAAAAAUGCAAUUUUAGGACUGAAGAAGACUUACUUAGUUUUAAGAGAACCUGUCCUAAGGUAGUACAUUUUAAAUGAUGGUCUCUUCAAAGGACAAUAAUUGAAGCUUAUGUAUUCUAAGCAGUUGUAUCAGAAGCUGCUCUUUUCUGUUAACUCUUAAGCUUGUUGUUGACCUUCCUGAAACUGUGUGUGUUAAAUGCAAAUAACCAUUGAUUGAA